AUGACGUCAGACUCAAUUCUCCUCGAAGACUUUGGGCAGAAGGUGGAUUUGACCCGAAGAAUCCGAGAAGUAUUACUAAACUACCCCGAGGGAAUCACCGUGCUGAAGGAGCUAAUACAGAACGCCGACGAUGCAAGCGCCACCAAGGUCUGUCUGUGCCUGGAUCGUAGGGUCCAUGGGACUGAGUCUCUAUUGUCGCCCAAGGUCGCGCAGUGGCAAGGUCCGGCGUUGUUGGCUUACAACAACGCGGUGUUCACGGAGGACGAUUUUGUUAGUAUUUCGAGGAUCGGUGGGAGUUCUAAGCAUGGCCAAGCUUGGAAAACCGGUCGAUUUGGGGUUGGCUUCAACUCCGUGUACCAUUUAACUGAUUUGCCCUCAUUCGUAAGCGGCAAAUACGUGGUACUGUUUGAUCCACAGGGUGUUUUCCUUCCGAAUAUCUCCCAUGCUAAUCCUGGAAAACGAAUUGAGUAUGUUAGCUCUUCAGCCAUCACAGUGUAUAGUGAUCAGUUUUUUCCAUACUGUGCUUUUGGUUGUGACAUGAAAAGUCCAUUCCAUGGAACGUUAUUCCGCUUCCCUCUGAGGAAUGCAGAUCAGGCAGCUAGUAGUCAGCUCUCAAAGCAAGCCUACUCCGAGGAUGAUGUUUUUUCCAUGUUUAGUCAACUCUAUGAGGAAGGAGUUUUCUCGUUGCUUUUUCUUAAAAGCAUUAUUUCUAUUGAAAUGUAUGUAUGGGAUGAUGCGGUGCCCCUGCCUAGGAAGAUGUAUUCGUGCUCCAUCAACUCGGCUACUGAUGAUACAAUUUGGCACAGGCAAGCGCUUCUGAGGUUAUCAAAAUCUACUAAUUCUACUGAUUGUGAGAUGGAUGCCUUUAGAUUGGACUUCUUGAGUGAAGCAGUAACUGGGAACCAGUCUGAGAAGAGGAGUGCUACUUUCUUUAUGGUGCAAACAAUGGCAUCGGCAACCAGCAGAAUAGGUUCUUUUGCUGCAGCUGCUUCCAAAGAUUUUGAAAUUCACCUGCUACCUUGGGCAUCAGUUGCAGCAUGCAUAUCAGAUGAUGCAUCCAAUGUAAUUUGCAAUAUAUUUGUGACUGUGGCACUACUCCCCCACCCAACGCCUCCUACUACUGCUAAACUACACAAAUACAUGCACAUUAUUCUUCUUGCCUGUUGGAGUGUUGGGGCAUACGGGAGAAAUUAA